AAGACGGGGACAUCGGAGCCGCCGCAGAGGCUCGGGACCUUUGCGGAGUAUCAGGCCUCAUGGAGGAAGCAGGGCAAAGGCCCUGAGGCCCGCGGCGCGGGCAGGUACCACUCCGCCGACGACAUCCUGGAGGCGGGCCUGGACCAGCGCGAAAGGCUGCGCUAUGUCCACGAGAGGUCGCGGUCGUCGCCGUCCACAGACCUCUACCAACAGGAAGCUCCCGUCGAACCUCGGCAGCAAGCAAAGGACCCUGGUGAGCACGGAGAAUGUUCCUCCACCGUCCUGGCCGAGAACGGGUGUCCCACCCCAAGACAAGCAGAUGCCCAGUGUCCGGCAGACAGUCCUCGAGCGCAGUUGGACUUGCAGCACCUCGCCCACGUGUCUGAACUGUUUCACGCCCCGGAAACUGGAGAGGUGCCCCAGGAGGGCCGUGGCAGAGCGUGUACCCUACCUCAGGAUUAUAGAUACUCAGAGGUGCACACGCCUAUAGACCCACUGCCGCCAGUGUGCCCAGGAUCACCAGCCCAGAGCGGCCUCUUGGCCCAGCCCACUCGGGGGCAGGACCCUCGGUCUGUGAAUGCCACUCUGUUCGCCAAGAGACCUGCCCCGCAGAGGCCGCCACCACCCAAGCGAGAGCCCAGGCAUUUUAGGGGAUCAGCCAGUGCCACCCCCACGGGCACACCUGCGGCUACACACCUGGGUGCACCUGUGGGUACAUAUGUGACCAAUCACCUGGGUUCGCCUGGCAGGCCGCUUCCCCAGCCGUCUCCCGCAGCCCUGGAGGUGUGCGUGGAUCGCCUGUCCCUGUCCCGCAGCCCCUGUGCCUUGGCGGAGAAGCUUACCGGUGCGCAGCCCACAGACGGCCCGGAGGCCCCCGGGGAGCACGGCAGGCAGCAUGUAGAUGAGCCCCCAGCUUGUCCUACGCGGGAAGCACUGCUCCCUUCCACGUUCCGGCCCCAGCAGACAUCCGCAAUGGAGACCUCUCGCUCCCCUUCUCCUCAGUUCGCCCCCCAGAAGCUCACGGACAAACCUCCGCUGCUCAUCCAGGAGGACAGUUCAACACGGAUCGAGCGGGUGAUCGACAAUACCACAGUGAAGAUGGUGCCCAUCAAGAUCGUGCACGCGGAGAGCCAGCCCGAGAGGGAGAGCCGCCAGGGCCUGGUCCGCACCGCCGAGCUGCCCGCUCUGCCCAGUGGGCUGGAGAGAGACCAGAUCAAGACACUGAGCACCUCGGAGCAGUCCUACUCCCGCUUCUGUCUGUACAACCGCCCGGGCACUGAGCCUGAGCCCCGGGCCGUGCCUCCUUCCAUCCCCCGUCCCCCAAGCACCCCCGAUGGCCCAGCUUCCCCACCUGCUCUCAGCUACGUGAAGGCCCGGGAGAGGACGGCUGAGGACCUGAAGUCAGAGGAGCUGGCGAGGGAAAUUGUGGGCAAGGACAGGUCCCUGGCGGACAUCCUGGAUCCCAGCGUGAAGAUGAGGACCACCAUGGACCUGAUGGAGGGCAUCUUCCCCAAGGACGAGCACUUGCUGGAGGAGGCUCAGCAGCGCAGGAAGCUGCUGCCCAAGAUCCCCUCUCCCAGGACCACGGAGGACAAGAGGGAGGAGCCCAGCGUGCCUGCAGCCGUGUCCCUGGCCACCAACUCCGCGUACUACAGCACGUCGGCCCCCAAGGCAGAGCUGCUGAUCAAGAUGAAGGACCUGCAGGAGCAGCAGGAGCCCGAGGAGGACUCAGGGAGUGACCUGGACCACGACCUGUCCGUGAAGAAGCAGGAGCUCAUCGACAGCAUCAGCCGCAAGCUGCAGGUGCUGCGGGAGGCUCGGGAGAGCCUGUUAGAGGACAUCCAGGCCAACAGCGCCCUUGGCGAUGAGGUGGAGGCCGUCGCCAAAGAUGUCUGCAAGCCCAAUGAGUUUGACAAGUUCCGCAUGUUCAUUGGGGACCUGGACAAGGUGGUGAACCUCCUGCUGUCUCUGUCGGGGCGCCUGGCCCGGGUGGAGAAUGCCCUCAACAACCUGGAUGACAACACUUCUCCUGGUGAUCGGCAAUCACUGCUUGAGAAGCAGCGGGUCCUCAUUCAGCAGCACGAGGACGCCAAGGAGCUGAAGGAGAACCUGGACCGCCGGGAGCGCGUGGUGUUUGACAUCCUGGCCAGCUACCUGAGCGACGAGAGCCUGGCAGACUACGAGUACUUCGUAAAGAUGAAGUCGGCCCUCAUCAUCGAGCAGCGGGAGCUGGAGGACAAGAUACACCUCGGCGAGGAGCAGCUCAAGUGCCUGGUGGACAGCCUGCAGCCCGAGCGGGGCAAGUGAGUGAGCACUCCCGGCGGGGACGCAGGCCAGGCCUGUGAGCACCGGUCCCCAGGGUGCGCGGAGCCCCGGCCUGCGAUGAUGUCCUGUAGCAAGAGCCCUCCUAGAACAACGUGGCUGUUAGAGAAGCAAUAACUUGUGUUCGUUUGGGAUGAUGCAUUGAAGUUGCUGGUUUUCCCUUUGCGUGCCGAGCAGAGUGGCUCCCAUGGAGCGUUUUCCUUUACGAGGAUCCACAUGUGGCAUGGGCUCUGGUGGCUGGUGAGUUUCUGCAGUGGAGACCGUGGGCUCGGUCCCGUGCUGUGUGCAAGGGCCCCUUGGCAGGGGUCGCUCUGCCCUUCCUCCGUCUUCCGUUGCUGAGCCAGCCGCUCGGGCAGCAACUGAGCGGGAGACCCUGCGCACGUCUUCUCGUGAUUCCCGAGGGGCGUGGGCUGCCGUGCUUUGUCUGUGUCCAUCCAGAGGUGUUAACGUUCGUUGUCUCCUCCAUGUAAUGUGCUCUCAUCUUGUGCAAAACACGCAUGAUGAUGAUAAUUUAUUAACAUACUACUUUCCAAGUGGUUAAAAACCAACUGUGAAAUGCAUAGCCUGUGUGUUGGGCUCACUCAUU